AUGGCUACUGGUACACCCACCGUAGCACAGCUUUGUGGCAUGCUGGCUAGAGUUGUCGAUAUUGCUGAUCAAGUAGAGGACUUUGGAGCAUUUUGGGACACCAUAGAUGAUGGUACAUUUCCAUGGCACUUGCUGCGAUAUUUGCCCUAUUCCAUUCCUUCCAACUUUUCAAUGGCAAACGCUCAAGCACUCAGUUUGAUUCUGGAAAAGCGUCCAUUUGGCUUCCGUGUGAAAUGGAACUUGGAGAGUGGAGAAUUUGACAACUUCAACCAGGAGGCAUUCUUCCAUCUGAUCUCCUCCGUGGCAAAGUCAGGCAUCCACCAUUUUCAGGUAGAUCAGGGACCUCCAAGCUGCACUGGUGUCAUCAUGGACGGCCUGCAAAAAUUUAUCCAAGAGAAGUGGGGACACAGGUCCUUGAAUUAUUUGGACGAGAUUUGA